AGGAGUUGCUGUGGAAAUUCGAAGAGACGCGCUAAACACAAACAACAGAUGAAAAUCAUCAUUAAUGUCUUUAUUUAGAUCAAAACAAAUGACAUGGCUUCAAAAUCUGACCCGCUGCUCAUUGUUGUGUCCAUACUAGAAGGUCAUCAGUUUCCCAGGAGACCUCGGCAGACUUUAGUUGUGGAGGCUCGGUUUGAUGGAGAAACUCUGUCCACAGAUCCAGUAGAACACAGUGAACAACCACAGUUCUGUACUGAGCUGGCCUGGGAGCUGGACCGCAAGACACUUCACCAGCACAGACUCCAGAGGACCCCCAUCAAACUGCAGUGUUACGCGGUGGAUUCCAGCACGUCUGCAAGGGAAUGUGUGGGAUAUAUUAUUCUUGAUCUAAGAUCAGUACAAGAGAUCAAACAGGCUCCUAAAUGGCAUCCAUUGCUUAGCAGCAAGUACACAAAAGUAAAACCUGCUCUGCUGAUUGGCGUGAUUCUAGAGAACGACAUCAAACCGACACCUGAGCAGUUCAAAGCCAAGAAAGCUCCUCCGAGAGAAGGUUCUCCAGCACGUCUUCCUCUCGAUGCAGGUCAACUCAAAGCAGUUUUAAAUUCAGAUGAAGGUUAUCAUCAGAUCGGACCUGAAGAUCUCUGCCCUGACAUGUUUGUGUUGUCAGUAACGGUCGCUUUUGCUACACGAUUGGAGCAGUUGAUCUCCAGCUCAGUGAAGGCUUUAUCUGAGGCUUCAGACUUCUCAUUUUAUUACAACCUCCUGGGAAACGAUGUCACCAGCGAACCUUUCCAGAACCUCCUCAGUCCUAACUUCGAGCCUGAACGGGCCUCCGUACGCAUCCGCAGCAGUGAUCGUGUUUUGCGGCUCUUCCUCUCUCAGCAACCCAGUAUCCGGAUCCAUCUGUGCUGUGGGAAUCGUUCACUGGGCAGCACUGAGAUCAGUCUUGCUGGAUUAUUAAAGAGCAGCACGGAUCUGACUCGACGUUCUGCUACUAUAGAGGGAGCUUUCAUCCUACAGCCUCCCAAUCGGGAAAAAACGAAUCUGCAGUCUGUCCCACCGGACCUCCAGCCCACAGUGGGUGUGUCUGUGACACUGAGAGCUGAAGACGUCAAUAAUCAGUUUGAUGCACCUGUUGAAAACGAGCCUAAAACUCCAGUGAAGAAAAGUCUCGUCCCAGACGCCCAUCAUGGACGUCCUCCAGUCCAGCAACAUCAAGCACAAACCCCAUCACCUGUCAGGAAAUCACCUGAUCUCCAUCUCAGAUUACCAGCAGCGUCUCCAGAGAGCUCCCAGAGUGAGGCGGAGACUCUGUCCAGUGAUGUCAGACAGGCCCCGCCCACUGUCUGUGAUGUGUCUGCGCCUGUUACCCCCGCUGCCACACGUGAGCCUGAAGCCGACACGUCAGUCUCAGUUUCUGCUCCAAAGAUCUCCGUUCCUGCCUCUGCGCAUCACUACUGCUUCUCUCUGGACCUGAGGAGCAUCCGAGAUCUCAGGACGAGUGUCCCGGUCAACUGCAUCCUCAGAUACUCUUAUCAGUUCUUCGGCAGCGCAGCUCCCAUCAUGACGAGUCCAGCGGUGGAGCUGAGGAGGAACACUGAGGUCUUUCUGCCACAGUCUUACUGUGCUUUUGAUUUUGCCGCUCUGCCCAAUCAGCUUCAUGAAACCUUUCUCAGGGUUCCUCUGCUGGUGGAGAUGUGGCACAAAGACUCAAACUCUUCAGAUCGUCUGCUAGGUUCUGUCAAUAUUCAGUUGUCUGAACUCCUCGGCUCUGAGAAGACUCGUUUCCUCGACCCGUCAGGCAGGCAGCAGUGCAGACAGACUGUUUCAGAGAGGGUACCCAUCAUUGCAGCACAUGGGUCUGAGAAAUUGGCUGAACUUUCUUACGUGGCUGUUUUAGAAGAUUUGGGUUUGGUGAACGCUCAAGAUAUUGUCAUCUCUGAACCGUUACAGGAGCAGCAGAGGUCAGCAGCUCCUCCUCGGGGUCAGACGGAGGUGGAUACCCUGACUCGACCUCGAGAGACCCUGGAGUACAAGGCAGCGCUGGAGCUGGAAAUGUGGAAGGAGAUGCAGGAAGAUCUGUUUGAUAAUCAGCUGAAACAGAAGGAGUUGAGUCACAUGCAGGCAUUGGCUGAGGAGUGGAGAAGAAGAGAUCAUCAGCGAGAAGCUCUUAUCAAGAAAAAGGAGCUGGAGUAUGAUCUACUAGAACAACAGUUACAGAAGACUCUGUCUGAUCUGGAGAAGAGAGAGAAAGCACUCGCUCAUGCUGAGAUGGAGACGCAGACGCUGCAGCGCGAGAUGAGAGCCGAGCACGAGGUGAAGACGCGAGAGCUGCAGGACAGCGGACGACAUUUGCGCGAGGACUGCGCGCACCAGGUGGAGCUAGAGAGGUCAAAGGUCAGACAGCUGGAGGAUCAACUGAACCGACAGCAACAGCAGAUAAAAGAAUCAGAAGUGAAGUACAAGCAGCUGGAGAGAGAGUUUGAUCAUUACAGAGAGCAGCAGAGCACUCGUCCAGAGAUUCGUCUUCAGUCUGAGAUUAAUCUCUUGAGUCUUGAGAAGGUGGAGCUGGAACGAAAGCUGGAAUCUGCAACAAAAUCCAAACUUCAUUACAAGCAGCAGUGGGGACGAGCGCUGAAAGAGUUGGCCAGAUUUAAACAGACUGAACAGAAGAGAAGAGAGAAAACAAACAUUGAGACCCUGAAUAUAAAGCCAUCUUAUCAUCACUGUUAAUAACUGUUAAAGACUGAACACAGCUGGCGUCUCCUUCUGUGCCGCUGCCAGAGAAAUAUAAAGAAAACAAAACAUCGGAUGAUUUAUGAAGCUCACAGCUCUCCAAAACUUUAUAUGAAAUACAGACAAUAAAUCACAACUCCAUUAUAAUAAACCUCAUCACAAACACUUCAUGAACAACAUUCUCACUCUUUACUAAACAUCUUAUGUGUGUGUCUGUCUGUCUGUGUGUUGUUUGGUGAUGUGUGUGUGUUAUUGUGUGUUUGUGUUAAGCUGUGAGAAUCUUCAUGUGUGAUAUAAUCCAGGUGUGUGUGUGUGUGUGUUAGUGGUGUCAGUGUAACUCUGUCCAGAAAACUUCACUUGAGUAACGUCUGGUGUUUGGUGAAGAGCCACAGAGAUUCGGGUUCAUGUGUUGGUCAUUUAGCCGCUGACUGACCUCCAUGUAUUUAUUUACACAUCUUCAGUUAUUAUUAAAGUUAACACCGCGCACACACACACACACACACACACACACACACACACACACACACACACACACACACACACACACACACACACACACACACACUUAAGCAUCAGAUCUGGAAACAUUUACAAAGACUUUAACCUCUUCAGGAUAAUUGUGUUCUGUGUUUUCCUUCAGCAAAUAUUUGAGCAGAAGUCAAGGCUUCAUCUUAGUGAGUUUGUUUUUCUUGCCGUUUAGUCUGAAAGCAGAUGUGUUUAACUAUAAUGUGUAAAACUCCAACUGAAUUGAGCAAGAAGACAUCAUCAAUAAAAUGAAGUUGAUUUGUAGCCGUUUAUGAUGAAAUCCUGGUGUUAGGAACAGAUGAAGUUAAAGAUGUGAUCAGACUCUUAGAUAAAAAUCUCUUCUUAGGAUUUCUAAAGCACUUGCAGUUGUGUGAUAUUU